GGGUGGGACCCUCGCGUAUAAAGGGGCGCGCGAGGGCUGGGCGUUCCACAGGCCAAGUGCUCUGCGCUCGGUAGGUGCCAACCAGGCCCGAACGAGCCGAGCGGGCGAGGACAGGCACUGAGGGGGCGCGGCCGCCGGCCGGACGACACAGCAAGCGAGACUCGGGAGCAGCCCAGGGCCCGACAGCCAGGUAGCCGCCGCGCCCGCCCUCCCGCCGCGUCCCUUUGCAAAUGCGGACUCCGACUGCGCGGGGUCUCACUUGCGCCCGGCCUCCGCCCUCCUCUCCUCUCUUCCUCCUCCUCCUCUUCCUCUCCUGUCCUCUCCCGCGGCCCCGGCCCGCGCUGCCCCGGGCCAGGUUCGACGUGUGUCUCCGCAGCGCUUUGGCAAUGGAGCGCCUUGUCGCCCGCCGCACCUUUCCUCUGUUCGCGCGCACCAGCGCCUGCCGCAGCCUCUUCGGGCCGGUGGACCACGAGGAGCUGAGCCGCGAGCUGCAGAUCCGCCUGGCUGAGCUGAGUGCCGAGGACCAGCGCCGCUGGGACUACAACUUCCAGCAGGACGUGCCACUGCGCGGCCCCGGGCGCCUGCAGUGGACCGAGGUGGACAGCGACUCUGUGCCCGCCUUCUACCGCGAGACGGUGCAGGUGGGGCGCUGCCGCCUGCUCCUGGCGCCCCGGCCCCGCCCGGAGGGCGCAGGCGAUAGCCCGCCCCCCGCGCCGCCGGCCGAAGAGCCCCUCGACGGCCUCGGGGAGGCGCCGGCGCCGCCGUCCGGCGGCCCGGUGGUGGCUCCCGCCCCGGCCCCAGCCGCGGCGCCGCAGGAGAGCGAUGAGCAGGAGGCGGUCCCGCCGCCGCGCAGCCAGGAGCCCCUCGCCGAGCCGCUGCACUCAGGGAUUUCGGGGCGCCCUGGGCCGGGCACUGCCGCUGCCACCGGUGGCGCCGCCACCGCCCCCAAUGCCGCCGCCGCCACAGCCGCUGGCGGGGCUGUUGCUACCACCGCUGCCGCCGGAGGCGCCGCGAUCAAGAAGCUACCCGGGCCUCUCAUCUCCGAUUUCUUCGCCAAGCGCAAGAGACCCGCGCCCGAGGCCAAAGCGUCGAACGAGGUUCCUGCGGGAUGCGCCGCCCCUGGCGCCGCUCCAGCCGUAGGCUCGGCGGAGCAGACCCCGCGCAAGCGGCUGCGAUGAGCGUCGCGCGUAAAGAGCCCUGAGGGAGCCCGCUGGGCAGCGGACAGGACAGGAGCGCGGGGCCUCGGCUGGGACCGUCCAUGUAGCAGCAACCGGCGGCAGCUGCCACCGAGCAGCGUUCGGUUUCGUGUUUAAAAUUUAAAAACUGUGCAAUGUAUUAAUAACGUCUUUUAUAUCUAAAUGUAUUCUGCACGAGGAGUACACUGGUCCCAAGGUGUAAAGCUUUAAGAGUCAUUUAUAUAAAAUGUUUAAUCUCUGC